GGGCUGGGUGAGGAGAAGAUGGCGGCGGUGAUGAGCGCGAGUAGCGGCAGUAGUGACACUUCCAGCACCGGGGAGGAGGAGAGGAUGAAACGCCUUUUUCAGACCUGCGAUGGGGAUGGCGAUGGCUACAUCAGCAGGAAUGAUUUGUUUAUGGUGUGUCGACAACUGAACAUGGAGGAAUCAGUUGCAGAGAUUAUGCAUCAAUUGGGAGCAGAUGAAAAUGGGAAGAUUUCCUUUGAAGAUUUUGCACGUUGUCGUAUGCAGCUGGUAUCUGAAAUAAGAAAAGAAGAAGGGGAUCUUUCAGUUAAGUCAGAUGAAUGUUGCAGAAAAAGAAAAUUACGAGAUCGAAUAGCUUCAUGGCCAACCAGCAGUGACAAUAGUCUUGGUGCAAUGUCAGGAGCCAGAGAGAGUUGGGAGUAUGAUUCUGGAGCUCGUGAUCUUCAGAGCCCAGAACCGCAAACUCAUCCAACCAUUCAGAAAUUAUUAGAACGUGGAGGCGUUAACCUGGAUCAGCAAGUUGUUCUGCAAAAACUCGUAGCACAGGCUUCAAGCUUGAGCUACCCAAUGAGUGGCGGUUACUUGGAUUUAGCCAACACACUACAUUUAGCAGCUCUGGCAUCAUUAAAGACGGACAUAGGUGAUCUCAAUAAAAGACUCCAGCAUACAGAGCGAGAGAGGGACUUGUUAGAAAAAAAGCUGGCUAAAUCCCAGUGUGAACAAUCCCAUCUGUUGAGAGAACAUGAAGAUUCGCAGGAAAGGACAACAUUACGCUAUGAAGAACGCAUCACUGAACUACACAGUAUCAUCGCAGAGCUAAAUAAGAAGAUUGACAGGCUGCAGGGAACAACAAUAAGAGAAGAAGAUGAAUGUUCAGAUUUGCGAUCGGACCUGAGCCACAGCCAACACGAGGCAAACGAAGAUUCUAGAAGCAUGGAUCAGGAUCAGACCUUUGGACCUGAGAACCAGUCAAUGCUAGUCUCUGUAGAUGUCGAUACCUGUAGUGAUCUCAAUUCAGAGCUCCAGAGGGUGUUGACUGGACUGGAAAAUGUUGUUUGUGGACGGAAGAAGAGCAGCUGCAAUCUGUCAGUGGCAGAAGUAGACAGACAUAUUGAGCAACUUACUACAGCCAGUGAGCACUGUGACCUAGCUAUAAAGACCGUAGAAGAGAUUGAGGGAGUUCUGGGAAGUGAUUUUUAUCCAACGCUUGCUGAAGAGAGGUUGCGAUGGGAUAAGGAGUUAGCAACUCUUCGGGAAGAAAAUGAAAGCCUCACUGCUAUGCUGUGUAGCAAAGAGGAAGACCUCAACAGAACAAAGGCCACCAUGAAUGCUAUUCGUGAAGAAAGAGAUCGAUUGCGUCGGAGGGUUCGAGAGCUGCAGACCCGCUUACAAAGUUUGCAAGCAACUGGCCCAGCUAGUCCAAGUCGGUUGGCUGUAACCAAUCGGCCGGUCAACCCCAGUACUGGUGAACUUAGCACCAGUAGUAGCAGUAAUGAUAUCCCAAUUGCGAAGGUCGCUGAGCGAGUAAAGUUGUCCAAGACAAAGUCUGAAUCUUCAUCUUCGGAUCGACCAGUUCUGGGAUCAGAGAUCAGUACUAUUGGAGUGUCCAGUAGUGUGGCAGAGCAUCUGGCCCAUUCUUUGCAAGACUGCUCCAAUAUUCAAGAAAUCUUUCAAACCCUGUAUUCUCAUGGAUCAGCUAUUUCUGAGAGCAAAAUCCGUGAAUUUGAGGUGGAAACAGAGAGGCUAAACAGUCGUAUUGAACAUUUGAAAUCUCAAAAUGACCUUUUAACCAUUACUCUGGAAGAAUGCAAGAGCAAUGCUGAAAGAAUGAGUAUGCUGGUUGGUAAAUAUGAAUCCAAUAGUACAGCGUUAAGACUGGCACUGCAAUAUAGUGAACAGUGCAUAGAAGCCUAUGAGUUAUUAUUGGCACUAGCUGAGAGUGAACAAGGACUCAUUCUGGGUCAAUUUAAAGCUGCAGGCGUUGGAUCUGUUGGUGAUCAAAAAGGUGAAGAAAACAAAACAAUGAUGUUAAAGAGAGCGCAUGACUGCAGGAAGACAGCAGAGAAUGCUGCAAAAGCACUACUAAUGAAACUUGAUGGUAGCUGUGGUGGAGCAUGCACUGUGACAGGAUGCAAUAUACAGCCUUGGGAAAGUCUGUCUUCGCACAGUCACACCAGUACUACAAGUUCAACUGCUAGUAGCUGUGAUACAGUUACAAAAGAAGAUGAACAGAGAUUGAAGGAUUAUGUUCAGCAACUAAAGAAUGACAAAGCAGCAGUUAAGCUGACUAUGUUAGAACUGGAAAGUGUUCAUAUUGAUCCACUUAGUUAUGACAUUAAAACGCGGGGAGACGGCCAACGACUUGAUUUAGAAAAUGCAGUUCUAAUGCAGGAGCUCAUGGCCAUGAAGGAGGAAAUGGCAGAGCUGAAAGCCCAGCUUUAUUUGAUGGAGAAGGAAAAGAAAGCACUUGAAUUGAAGCUUAGCACCCGAGAAGCCCAAGAACAAGCCUAUUUGGUGCAUAUUGAGCAUCUGAAAUCAGAGGUUGAAGAGCAAAAGGAGCAACGGAUGCGAUCUCUCAGCUCAACCAGCAGUGGAGGAAAAGAUAAACAAGACUGUAGUGAUGAAGUAACACAUCCUGAUUCACUGACUGACCUCAGAACAUGUAAUGAUAGUGAACUUGCAGUUGAACUAACAAAUGGAUUGAGGCGAGAGAAAAAACUGAAGUGUCGUGUGCAGGAAUUGGUAACUGCUUUAGAAAGAAUGGCAAAAAGCAGUGAAGUGCGUCAUCAACAGUCUGCUGAAUUUGUUAAUGAUCUCAAACGAGCAAACAGUAACUUAGUAGCAGCGUAUGAGAAAGCCAAGAAGAAACAUCAAAACAAACUGAAGAAACUGGAAGCACAAAUGAUGGCCAUGGUUGAGAGACAUGAGACACAAGUGAGAAUGCUAAAGCAGCGAAUUGCACUGCUUGAGGAAGAAAACUCUAGACCUCAAACAAAUGAGACAUCGCUUUAAAAAAAUGUUGUGGAUGCUGUAAAUUAUUUACUGCAUUUAUUCAGAAGACAUCGAUAUGAAGAUGGAAAUGUUGGCACAUUUCUUACAUUGAUGUGAAUUUAGCAGCUGUCACAUACAAAACACCAGCAUAAUAUUUAUGGAGGAACAGGAUUUUCUAUAAAAUGUCACACGUGGCAUUUAACACCAAUAAAUCACUUCCUAGCUGUGCCUGCAAACACUUUUGAACAAUGUUUGCAUCUUGAAGAGAAACAUCCAUUUCUUAAUGUCUGAACAUGGCAAAUAGACAUCGAUAAUUUUCUUUGAAAACAGCUUGUUUUAUCAUUUUGUACCAAAAAAGCCAAAUAAUUGUAUAACAGGAAUUUAAGCAUUUCAUGGUUGCUCCUUCCUCUUUUUCAGUUGUUAUUGUUGCAUUCAGAUUUAUGAAAAUUACAUGCUGCUUCAAAAAAAGCUAUCCUAAUCAUACAAUGAGAAGGUUUGUGUUGCAACUAUCAAGAUUGACAUCCUUUGAAAUAAUUCCUAUGGUGAAGACUGGAAGUGACUGUAUCAUGUGAUAUUGAUACAAAACUACAAGCAUGGUAAAUUAACUGAAAACUUGAGAUUCAGAUAUCCACAUUUUGAAUUAAAAUAACUUGAGACUGCCCGAAAUGGAUUAUGACAGACCAAAUUGAUUUUAUUAAUACACAUUUUAAUUCAAUGGCCCUCUCAAGAUGUAUAUUUAACAAUACAAGUGAAAAUAAGCAGUUGGCUCUUUUCCUUUGGGGAACCAUUUACUUACCUACCCUUUCUAUCAUAAUCAUAUACUUUCUAUUCAUUUACCAGUAUUUUUCUUGUUUCUACUGGGUUAGUUACAAGAGUUUUUCUUUCGCAAACAAUUACCAUUGAUAGCACAUUGAGGAUAUAUUUUUCUUGCUGAGUAAGAAAAUGUGGUUAACGCCUCAAAUGGUUCAUCUCAAAUGCUGCUUGUGGAAUUUCUAUCAGCCAGGAUAUUAAUUGUGCAGAUAAGAUAAACAAUCCAAUAGAUCUCUGUACCUUUAUUGACUAUUGCACAGGACCAGGAGAUUGUUGUUCCCAUUAAUGAAUAUUCAACGCUGUGACACAAACAGGAUGCAUUUGGAUUACUUUUGAUCAAAAUCUACUGAUCUUUGUAGAGUAUCUUCAAAAAUAUUAAAACUGUUGCACUGCAUACCUCCUUUCCUAAA